AUGUCGGCGGAUCCGUACAACUGCGGCUACGUACGCACACGUUGGAACAGCAGCGUAGUAGCUGGGAUAUUUGCCCUUGGACACUGCGAGCCGUUCUACUACAACGAGACGAUCGGUGCUUAUCAGGAUGCCUUCGCGUAUACGCUGUACGGGGGCUGUACCUGUCGCUUCUACUCGCUUGCUGAGGAUUGUUCAGAGAACGUUUCAGUCCCUGAAUACACAGCACCGACCGAUCGGUGGCGGGAACCACUUUUCGCAGAGCCAAAGCCAGCCUGGUACAAUUGCUACGAGAACAAGUAA